CGGAUGUUAAUAAUGAGAUCCUGAGGGACCGUUGGGCAAUAAUUGAAGUUGGCAGGACUGCAGUUGCAACAAAUUGCAAUAUCAUGAUCAUAAUUGACGGUAACAAGGUUUUUUCAUCAUCAAAUGCACCUGGAUGACGACACAACAACGAAUAGCUACAGCCAAAAUCACUCAAAAAAGCUCUCUUAUUUGGGAUCGCCAUUGCUUGAUUUCUAUGUUUUUGAAGGAUGUGAAACUUUCUCUGAAGCAGAGUCUUCAUUUGUAUCUUCCAACACUGAAGAUGAUCAACAUCACCUUCCUUUCUCAUCUUUUACUUUUGAUUCAUCAAAGCAUCAAGGAGAAGCUCAAGAACAAUCAAGCUGUUGCCAAGAGCUCAAUGGUGACUGUUCCUGGUCAUGGGAAGAGUUAAUGGGGAAUGAGAACAAAAAGUCAAAAUCAAGGAUUGGUUGGAAGAAGCGAAUUAAAUGGACUGAAGAACUUCACCAGAAAUUCAUGAAUUGUGUGGAUCAGCUUGGUGGCACUCAAAAAGCCACACCAAAGCAACUCCUUCACUUGAUGAAAACUGAAGGAUUGACUCUCAUCCAUAUAAAAAGCCACUUGCAGAAAUGCCGCAUUUCUCAGCAUAUUCGAGAUUUUUCAAAAGCAGGAAAACCUGAGAGAAAAACUGACAAAGAACUGAUGCUGGCCAACCAAAACAGAGGGAAGCAGCUGGUGGAAUCUGCGAGACAACUACUUGCUACACACAGUAGUUUGAAUGAACAAUUGGAGGUUCAGAAGAACUUGAUAUCAGCUAUUGAAGAACAAAUGAAGCAACUGAGAGGAGUUUUAGAACGAAGAGGGAAAGCUGUUGUAUUUAGAAAUGAGGAAGAGAGAAAAUAAAAUGGGGUAUGGUUGAAUCAGAAAAAUGUGUUCUUUCUACUGUCA